AAUGUACUGAGAACUGUAAUAUGCUUUAACACACAGGUGUGCCACUUCCAUGAACAUAAUGCUGUUUGAUCUACUUGCUGUCUUAGGGAUGUUGUCCCUCACAGGGGACUCUUCUCAGGGAUGUUGUUCCUCUAGUCAAAUAUCUCAACAAUAUCACUUCAUAAAUAUAACAAAGAACUGGACUGAGGCUCAGAGGUUUUGCCGUGAGAAGUACACUGGCCUGGUGACUGUGAAAAAUGGAGAUGAGACAAAGACCAUAACUGAUGUUUUAAAUGAUGUUUACAUUGGACUUUACAGACAGGAGAGAUUUAGUUGGCAUUGGUGUAUGCCAGACACUUUCUACAAUGCAAAAACACUCCAAAAUUGGAAAAAGGAACAACCAGAUGAAAAUAAUAAAGGAUUUGAAACUGGAACAAAUAACUCUAAUUCAGAAAGACAAUUUGUUUGCUAUACUGCAAGAAACAACACGCAAAUCCAGAUUGAGAAGAGGGAAUUCAAGAGAGGUGCUCAACAAAGUUGCAAAAACUUUACAGAUUUAAAAAAUUCCUCAAUCAGCUUAGAAAACUCCAUUUUAAUUGUUCUGAAAAACUACAACUGGGGUUUUAUAACAAAUGAUGUGUGGAUUGGACUGUUUAAAGAUGACUGCUUGUGGUUGGAUCAGAACAACUCUUGCUUCUGUGCCUGUAGUUUGAGUCCAGAAAAACACAACAACAGCAGUUCAAACAAAUGUAAAUGGAUUGUAAAUGAAAAAAGUAUAAGGAAUGAAGCUCAAUGCAACGAAAAUUUACCCUUCAUCUGUUAUGAUGAUCUAAAACGAACUGCUACGCCAGAUCCAUUGCCAACACCAACUGCUGGAGAGAAUAUAACCACUUCUGGAACAACAACACAGCAGCACAAACCAAACCAAAACGCAAUCGAGAGGGAACAUGCAAACAGUCAAACAACCCAAAUACUCCCAACAGGUCAAGAACAAGAUAACCUGAUUCUGGUGAAUGAUAAUCUGACAUGGACUGAAGCUGUGAGUUACUGCAGAAAGAACCAUGUGGAUCUGAUCUCCAUUCACAGCGAGAAGCUUCAGAACAGGGCAGCGAGAAAAGCAAUCCAGGCCUCCUCUUCACAUGUGUGGAUAGGUCUCCGUUACACCUGCAACUUCAGCUUUUGGUUCUGGAUAAACAAUAGAGAAGCAGGCUGCUACCAGAACUGGGUAUCUGGUCAUGGGCCACAUGGUUUUGUGGAAUGUGGGCUGUCAGGAGCUAUGGAGUCCAAUGGGUGGCACCGAUGGAUUGGUAGGCCUGAGAGUGACAGGCUCAAUUUCAUCUGCCACACUUAUACAGGCUGACAAUUAGUGAGGCAUUUUAUCCAUAAAGCAUGAUGGAAGGCUGUGGAGAAUCUGCUUUCUAUGCACUGUUAUUUGACUAUAAACAAUUCAUUUGAUAGAUAUUGUAAGAAUUACAGGGACAUAAAUAUAUGGCUGUUAAUAAUAAUAGAAUAAAAAUAGAAUAGUGAUGGGUCGUUCAUGAACGAUUCGUUCAUUUUGAAUGAAUCUUC